GGAACAAUUUUUGUUGGCGAUAGCACCUUUGGUAAGAGAUUUACGGAGGCCUAACAAAGGAGACACCGCAUCCGGCCCGUGACCCGGUGACCACCCGCCUCUGCACCGAUUGACCCCUGACAGAUUUUUGAUGGUGUCUGCAGACUUUUGCUGCAUGACUGUAUAUCCCCUUUGGGCUGAAAGAGGCCAUAAGACAUGUUGCUGGACAGCAAGGCUGGCACGCUUGAUCCUUUUCCCCUUGCCUUAACUCUCUUCUCUGUUCGCUUUUCCCUUGGUUUCUCCAGGCACGUCGCAGGCAGCCCUACGAUGACCCUGAGCAUUUCAAGAAUGACUGCUCAUGUCUAAGUGCCAGAGUAAGGGCAUCAAGGUGACGUGCAUAGAGUGGACCCACCUGAUUGGUCGUGGUUGGGCGCGGCGCAACACUGCCCCGCGCCAAAUUGACUCUGUCCAGCCUUCGGCCCAGGGACCAGAGAAGAGUCACCGCGAGCCAGAAUCGAGGGCAGCUUUUUCUUGCGAGCUGCUGUGCAUGCUAUUCCCAUUGCCGCGUCUUGACCACUCGGAAUACCCUCACAAAACACCGCCAGCAUGCCUACCAUCGGAGUAAAUAAGGCCGAGUUCUACCAGGAGCUCGGGCAGAGCUUCACCGCGGACGAGUUCCAGCGCCUGUGCUUCGAGUUCGGCCUCGAGCUCGACGAGGACACCGAGGAUGACCCCGCCCGCCCCAAGGACGAGCUGCCCCAGCUCAAGAUCGAGACCCCCGCCAACCGCGCCGAUCUCCUCUGCUUUGAGGGCCUGGCCACGAGCCUGAACGUCUUCCGCGGCAAGGAGCCCGCCCCCAACUUCAGGGUGCUCGAAACCCCGCGCGACAAGAUGCACACCAUCACGGUCAAGCCGGAGACCGCCGAGGUCCGCCCCUACAUCGCCGCCGCCGUGCUGCGCAACGUCAAGUUCACCCAGGCUUCCUAUGACUCCUUCAUGGGCCUGCAGGAGAAGCUGCACGCGAACCUGGCCCGCCAGAGGACCCUCGUCGCCAUCGGCACCCACGACCUCGACACCGUCAAGGGACCCUUCACCUACGAGGCCCGCGCCCCCGCAGACAUCAAGUUCAAGCCGCUAAACCAGACAAAUGAGAUGGACGGCAACGAGCUCAUGGCUACGCUAGAAAAGGACAGGCAUCUGGGCAAAUACCUCCCCAUCAUCCGCGACCACCCCCGAUACCCCGUCAUCUACGACUCAAACGAGGUCGUCUGCUCGCUGCCGCCCAUAAUCAACGGCGAGCACUCAAAGAUCAAGCUCCAGACCACGAACGUGCUCAUCGAGGCCACUGCCACCGACAAGACCAAGCUCGAUGUGGUCAUCGACACCAUGGUCACCAUGUUCUCCAAGUACUGCGCCGACAAGUUCACCGUUGAGCCUGUCCUGAUCAGGCGUGCCGACGGCGGCGAGCACGUCACUCCCGAUCUUACCCCGAGGAGGAUAGAGGUGGAGGUUGACUACAUCAACCAGUGCUGUGGCCUGUCCGAGUCGCCCGACGCAAUCUGCGCGCUUCUGGAGAAGAUGGCCUUCAAGGCCAAGCCCCUGAACGAGAAGACCAUCGAGGUUUCGAUCCCGCCCACGCGCUCAGAUGUCCUACACCCCUGCGAUGUGAUGGAGGAUGUCGCUGUCGCAUACGGCUUCAACAACCUGCCGCGCCGCCUGCCGACCCAGUCAGCGACUGUGGGCAAGGGCCUGCCCAUCAACAAGCUCAGCGACAUUGUCCGUGCCGAGUGCGCCAUGGCGGGGUGGAAGGAGGUGAUGCCGCUCGUGCUCUGCUCGCACGACGAAAACUUUACCUGGCUGAACCGGCCCGACAACGGCUCCACAGCCGUCAGGAUAGCGAACCCCAAGUCGGCAGAGUACCAAGUCGUGCGCACCUCGCUCCUGCCGGGCCUGCUAAAGACGAUCCGCGAGAACAAGAAGGUCAGGCUGCCGCUCCAGAUCAUGGAGACCUCCGACGUCGUCUUCCAGGACCUCUCGCUCGAGCGCAAGGCCCGCAACGAGCGCCACUGGGCCGCCGCCUACUGCGGCACCACCACCGGCUUCGAGGUGGUCCACGGCUUGCUCGACAGGAUCAUGGCCAUGCUCCGCGUCACCGAUUACUCCAUCGAGGAGCUGGUCGGCGACGCCGCCUUCUUCGCCGGCCGCGCCGCCGCCGUCUUCCUCGGCUCGGGCGACAAGAGGCGCCGCAUCGGCGAGCUCGGCGUUCUCCACCCCACAGUCCUCGAGAAGUUUGAUUUGAGAUACCCUGUAAGCACACUAGAAAUCAACCUCGAAGUUCUGCUGUGAUCUUAUUGGCGCGAGAUUUUUUUCUCGUCAUCGGGACGUAUGUUCGAAGUCUUCAGGUAGCACAGAUCAGUUCAAGGAAAAUUAGACAUUCGUCGUGUUUUUUUUAUGACGCCCCGACCCACCUAUCUAGGUCUAUCAACAAAGUCCAGUAUUCCAUGCCAGACCAACCCGCUAAACGAAAGUACAGUAUACAAGGCG